CAAAUUCUAUUAAGCACCUUCAAUUUUCUUCCAACUCUCGAUUUCUCGAUUCUCAAAAAUCAAAAUCCCUAAUUUAAUUCCAAUCCCCUUUUUGUCCCCCCAAAUUAUGGAUCAAAGAUCCAACCUUUUAUCAACGUUUACAAUUCGUUUGCUCAUAACUCCUCUGUGAAAGUAAAAAAUGGCGAACUCGGAAACUCAGAAGUGAGAUCCCACUUCAUCUCGAUGCAUCAGACUGCGUUCGAUCAAACACCAUCUCGAAUUUUUCACCCGGUAAGCGAUUUCCAUACCCUUUUCGUAAUUUAGUCAUCUGGGUAAUUUGAAUUCUGUUCAUAUUUAUUGGAAUUUGAUCAUGAAACCCCAAAGAUGUGGUUUUUUCCCGGACGAAGUCGUCCUCCAAAUCCUCUCAAAACUACCCAUUAAGUCGCUGUUCAGGAGCAAAACUGUUUGUAAACUUUGGUACAGAUUGGUUUCCGAUAAGUAUUUCAUUCAAUUGUACAAUGAGACGUCUGCUAAGAACCCUACGUUAUUGGUUGAGGUUUCGGAUUCGUCGGGAUCGAAAUCCGAUUUGAUUGUCGUGGAUAAUCGGAGGGGUGUUUCCGAAUUUUCAUUAGAUUUCUUGAGGGAUAGGGUUAAGGUCAGAGCAUCCUGUAAUGGCUUGUUGUGUUGCUCUAGCAUUCCUGAUAAGGGUGUUUACUAUGUUUGUAAUCCCAUUACUCGGGAGUUCAGGUUGCUUCCGAAGAGUAGGGAGCGCCAUGUGACCCGAUUUUACCCUGAUGGUGAGGCAACCCUGGUGGGAUUGGCUUGCAAUUUGUCCACUCAGAAGUUUAAUGUUGUUUUAGCGGGCUACCAUCGGACUUUUGGUCAUAGGCCGAAUGGAACUUUUGUAUGUAUGAUAUUUGAUUCUGAGUCGGGCAAAUGGAGGAAGUUUGUUUCGUUUCAGGAUGAUCAGUUCACCCAUAUGAAUAAGAGCCAAGUCGUGUUUGUUAAUGGUGCACUUCAUUGGUUGACUGGUAGUUCCUGUAUUCUCGUGCUCGAUUUGGAGUUUGAUGUUUGGAGGAAGAUGUCAUUGCCGGAACAAGUGACCUGUGUGUCCGGAAAUAGGUUUUACUUGUUGGAGUCAGAUGGUUGCCUGUCGGUGAUCCAGAUUUCAGAUGCUUGGAUGAAAAUUUGGGUGUUGAAAGGUUACGGGAGAGAGGAGUGGCAUUUGGUGGAUACGGUGAGUCUUCGAUGUAUCAAAGGACUUGUGCCGGGCAUCUUCCCCAUAUGUCAGACUGGUGAAUGCGUUUUCUUGGCAACCCACAAGCAGAUAUUGGUAUUUUAUCGCAAGACUCGUGUGUGGAAAGAGAUGUACUCUGUGAAGAACAGCUCUACACUCCCGUUGUGGUACUCGGCACAUGCAUUUCGGAGCACGAUUUUGUCUUGUCAGUAAGAUGUGAAACUACAUGUCAUGCACUUGUUCUGUACAUGGAUUUCCUAUGUUAAUUAUCUGUAUAUGUUUGGCCGUUGGGGUUUGUCAACAGCUAUCAACAUUUGACUUAUGCAGUAUAAAUAAUCCUAUGCUUUUGGUCGUGGCA